UUUUUUUUUUUUGUUUUUUUUAAUAAAUCCAUCUUCUCUCUCCCUUGGCCAAAAACCCCCAUAAAUUGGAGUUGAUCCUUUUGGCUUUCUGCUUACUCCAAAGUUGGAAAACAAACCCGGAACAAUAUUUUCCCUUUUAUUGUUUUUUUAUCUCUUUUCCUCUCCUCAUAGUCAUCACCUUCAAUUCUGUAUUAGAAGCUUGUUGUAUUUUUUCUUAACUUUUGUGUUUGGUAGCGAUGGCGGAUAGUUCUGAAACUAACGGUAACCAUGUUGUGAAUGUAUGCGAAGCUGCCAAUAACAAUCCUCCUCAUUGUGCUCCCAAACCCAAGAAUGAACCAAGUCUUUAUACCUCUGUUCCUUUCGUGCAGAAGCUGAUUGCAGAGGCUGUGGGAACAUACUUCCUGAUAUUCGCCGGAUGUGCAUCGGUGGUGGUGAAUUUGGACAUGGAUAAGGUUGUGACUCAACCGGGAAUUUCAAUUGUUUGGGGACUGGUUGUGAUGGUUAUGGCCUACUCUCUUGGACAUAUCUCUGGUGCCCAUUUCAACCCUGCUGUCACUAUUGCUUUUGCUAUUACCAAAAGAUUUCCAUGGAAACAGGUACCACCUUAUGUAGUGUGUCAAGUGCUUGGAUCAACGCUAGCAAGUGGUACUCUUAGGCUCAUUUUCAAUGGCAAACAAAACCAUUUUGUUGGAACACUUCCUUCUGGUACAGACCUCCAAGCAUUUGUGAUUGAAUUCGUCAUCACAUUCUACCUCAUGUUUGUUGUUUCCGGAGUUUCUACCGAUAACCAGGCGAUUGGGGAGCUUGCUGGACUCGCUACCGGCUCUACCGUGCUUCUUAAUGUGAUGUUUGCAGGACCAAUUACAGGAGCAUCAAUGAAUCCAGCUAGAAGCUUAGGUCCCGCGCUUGUUCAUCACCAAUAUAAGGGACUCUGGAUUUACAUUAUAUCACCAAUUCUUGGGGCAACCUGUGGAGCUUUGGUUUAUAAUACCAUCAGGUUCACUGACAAACCACUGCGUGAGAUCACCAAGAGUGGCUUUUUCCUCAAGGGUGCAGGACGUAGUGGAAACAAUACCAAUUGAUUUAAAAAGUGCGUGUAUAUAUAUAUAUAUAUAGAAAAAGAAAGAAAGAGAGAAGGAUUUCUUCCCCUAGCUUGACUUUCUCUUGUAUUUAACUUCUUCUGCAGAAGGAGAUUGUGAUUAGAUAGGCUAUAAACUCUUUUUUGCACCCUUUUAUGAUCCAGAAAUUUGGACGAUAUAUUAAGGUUAUAUUAUAUAGAGAUAUAUGUAUACAUAUAGUUCACUUAUGAGGCAAAAAAGUCGAGGUUGAAAUUGCACAGUUUACUCCGUUUCUGAAUUGUUUUCUUUAUCUAAAGUUAUGUAAGUUCUCUUUUAGCAUGGGUGUGAAACUGCAAGUGCGUAAUCUGAACACAGACAAAAGUAAAACAUAAAAUGGGAAAUACGUGUGAGGAGGAGGAAGAAGAAGAAGAGAAAUGUCAAAAGAAAAAUAUACACAAACAUAACGUGGUUGUGCCGCCAUAUCCAAUUGGCAAGAUCAGAAGGAUAAGCAUUAGCAGUAUGAAGUUCGAAGAUUUGGAAUUAAUUUUGGAAAAAUCACGUGAGUCUCCCUGUUGAUCAAUGCAAAA